UAAAUCAGAUCCGAGAGGGUUGGGAGAGAGGAAGCGUUUCUCCCCUCCCUUCGCUUGCUGCGGCUUUUGUAUUUCAGCUAAAAUGGCGGCUGUGCAAGCACAGGGUGGUAUCCUUCUUAGUGCGUUGUGUCCAAAAUUUCUGCAUACAAACUCUACAAGUCACACGUGGCCUUUCAGUGCUGUGGCUGAACUUAUAGAUAAUGCUUAUGAUCCAGAUGUCAAUGCAAAACAGAUGUGGAUUGACAAAACAGUUAUAAAUAAUUGUACUUGCUUGACAUUCAUGGACAAUGGAAAUGGUAUGAAUGCGGACAAGCUACAUAAGAUGUUGAGCUUCGGCUUUAGUGACAAAGUUACGAUGAACGGCCAUGUCCCAGUUGGAUUGUAUGGAAAUGGAUUUAAAUCGGGAUCAAUGCGUCUUGGGAAAGAUGCAAUUGUGUUCACCAAAAAUGAAGAUAACAUGAGCGUGGGCAUGUUGUCACAGACCUUCUUGGAAGUUAAAAAAGCAGAGCAUGUGAUUGUUCCCAUAAUAUCAUUCAAUAAGAAACGGCAAAUAAUGAAUCCAGAGGAGUCAGCAGCCAGCUUGAAAGCUAUCCUGGAGCACUCCUUGUUUUCUAAUGAAAAGGAGCUACUUGCAGAGCUUGAUGCCAUCAUAGGGAAAAAAGGGACCAGAAUCAUCAUUUGGAACCUUCGAAGAGAGAAAAACGAACAAACAGAAUUUGAUUUUGAUUCAGAUAAAUACGAUAUUAGAAUUCCUGCAGAUUUAGAUGAAGUAAUAGGAAAAAGAGGUUAUAAAAAGCAAGAGAGACAAGACCAGAUUACUCCUGAAAGUGACUAUUCAUUACGGGCUUAUUGCAGUAUUUUGUAUUUGAAGCCAAGAAUGCAGAUUAUUAUAAGAGGACAAAAAGUGCAAACACAGUUGGUUUCCAAAAGCCUUGCCUAUAUCGAACGGGAUGUUUAUAGGCCCAAAUUUUUGGCUCCCAAGACUGUGAGAAUUACCUUUGGAUUCAAUUGCCGAAAUAAAGAUCAUUAUGGAAUGAUGAUGUACCAUAGAAACAGACUAAUUAAAGCUUAUGAAAGAGUUGGUUAUCAGCUAAAGGCAAAUAAUACGGGUGUAGGUGUAGUUGGGAUUAUAGAAUGCAACUUCCUAAAGCCAACACAUAAUAAACAGGAUUUUGAUUAUACACAUGAAUACAGGCUUACAAUCCAUGCACUUGGCGAGAAGCUUAAUGAUUACUGGAAUGAGAUGCAAGCAAAGAAAAAAGAUUAUCCUCUGGACAUGCUAGUUGAAGAUAUCCAGAAACGGCCCGAUCAGACCUGGGUUCAGUGUGAUUCAUGCCUAAAAUGGAGGAAGGUUCCAGAUGGAAUAGAUCAUUUGCCAGAGAAGUGGUAUUGUUCAUAUAACCCUGAUCCUCAGUUCAGAAAUUGUAAUGUGCCCGAGGAACCUGAAGAUGAUGAUUUAAUACCAUAUGAAAAAACAUUUAAGAAAAAAGAUAGGGAGAAAUUAAAGAAAAGACUGGAGAUGACACAACAGAUGUAUAAUGAAAUAUUUAUACAAACAUCUCCUACUAUGUCCAGUGUGUCACCAGCAUCAAGUGAAAGUAUUUCAAGAUUGCAUACAGAAGCUUCAAAUACUUCUCUUACAAGACCUCUUAACACAUCAAAUAAUAUGUCAGUAUCUUCACCUCAUCCUGACCCUGAAAACAGUUUUAAACGAAAGCUUUCUGACCCCGUGACACAGCUUCCUUAUAAGAUCAGUCGGUUAAACAGUAGUCACACAUUUGAGCAUAAAAAGGAUGAUCCUGAUGACGAUGUCAUCAUCUUGGAAGAGAACAGUACCCCAAAGCCUUCCGGAACAGACUGUGAUAUCACAAUAGUAAAAGUUGAGGGUGGUGUUGUAGAUCAUAUUUUGGAUCAUAUUGAUCUUCAGGAAGAAAGCUCCAAGAACUACGAUGCUAGUUCAGAAGAUAAAUGUUCUAAAGGAAAUGCAGCAACACAAACUGAAAAGGAGCAGCUUGUGGUUAAGAAAGAAGAAAUGGACAGUACAAAUAAUCAGCUAUCUAGAUCAGAAUCUGAACUAACUCUGUUAGAACUUGAUAAUGUUGCGGAGACUGCUCCUGUUGAUAAUGACUUAACGAUGAAUGAACUAAGAAUUCAGCUGCAGUUAGCAAAUGAAGAAAAAGAAAAAUACCAUCAGCAGUGUGAUACAUUGUUGAAGCAAGUAAAGAUACUAGAGCAGAAAACAGUUGAAAUAAAUGAUAAAAGUGUGAAAAAGGAAAUGUGCCACCAGUCAACAGACACACAAACUCUGCUACUAGAUGAACUAGAAAAAAUUAAAGGAAGAAGUUCAGAAGAGAUACUGAUUCUCUACGAACAGGCAUUACAAGAGAUGAAGAGGCUGAAAGAACAAUGUGAUACUCUUCAGAGUUUAAAAUCUGAGUACUGUAAAUGUAGUAACAGUGAGAAUAAAAGUGAAGUAGAUGAUAUGGCUGUGCAACUUGAUGACGUUUUCAGACAACUGGAUAAAUGCAGUAUUGAAAGAGACCAAUAUAAAAAUGAGAUUGAAUUACUAGAAAUGGAAAAAUCUCAGCUAGGCUUUCAAUGUGAAGAGCUUAAAACAGAAGUUGCACAACUAAAAACUUCCAUAUCACAUGCCAAUGACUCCGUAGCCAGUAAUCUUGAAGAUCCUGUAAAUUACCCUGACGGGGAGAGCCUGAAACUGAGAUCCCUUCGAAUUAACGUGGGACAGCUACUGGCAACCAUAAUGCCUGAUCUUGAUCUGCAACAAAUGAACUACAACGUUGAUGUGGUUGAUGAAAUUCUAGGACAAGUUGUGGAGCAAAUGCAUGAAAUCAGCAGUGCUUAAUUUAUCCUUCAUUCAUAACCUACUUUGCUCAGUUUUCUGUUUUAUUGAGUAAAGUUCCCAACCUAUAAAAACUGAAUGUUGGUUUUGUUUAAAGCAUAAUGUGAAUGUUUCAUGUGUCACCACAGAUGUAUUUAAAACUGUUCUUGAAUUUAAAACAUUUGUAACAGAUACUUUUAAUUUUUAUAAUGUAUUCAAAAGUUGUUUACUUUUUCAGUUUCGUUUUAAGAAAGAACCCUGUCAAUAUUGGCUAGUGACAUUUCUCUAACUUGACUAGUAUUUUUACAGUGGCCCAUAAGUAUUUCUGAUCCUUGAUACUGAUUAUAUAUACUGAUAAAGGUAUUGCAAAAUCAGUGUUUUAUUAGACUGAUUAAAAGAGCGAAUAUGUAUUUAAUUUUUAUAAUAAAUUCACAAGUGACUACCAAUGCAGUUAUAUGUCUCUCAUGUCUCCACUUUAAAGUGGACCACUGCUACAAUUCCUGUUUUUAUUCAAAUUAGUAGCCUCAGAGUAUGUUUAAGAUCAGGUACCCCUGGUUGUGCUAUGCUGGUCAGACUGUUGCGAACAAUGGCUUUAGUAUCUUUUUGUUUAACAGAUGUUUAUCAACAUAUGUUCAUAUGGUUUGAAGGAGUUAUUUUUCCACAUUUUUUUCUAAUUAUGUAUAGUUCAAAUGUUUUUUGUUACUCACCUUAUACUUCAAUACAUGAAUGUACUAUAAAAUCUGGGUAAAAUAAAUCUUGGUUGUAUGGAAACUAUAACUUAAAUUUAUACUGUACAUUUACAUUCUGAAGAAAAGUAAAUGGAAAAGUUUUUUUUAUUUACAUAAAAUAAAAAAUGUAUAUUUUGUACUAAAUGGGAGAAAAACACUUUCUGGUUUGAGUAACAAGGAAAAACUGUAGCUAGACAAAUGUAAAACAUAAUAAAAAUACCUGCUUAA